UGCGCUCUAUUCAGUUCGGUGCGUUCUCUUGGUCCAACGGCGUUGGUUCCACGGUGUGUGCUCCGGGAUACCCGAGUAGGUGAUUCGUGAACCAUUCUUCACCGUCAUCUGCAUCUUGGACGACCAGUUGACCCCCGGGGGGAUGAGAAGAUACCGACACCACCAUCCGGACCGCUAGUGGACACUGAACCUGCCGAAAGAGCACACGCGCUAAGUGCACAGUAGUAAAAGUUUGCUGAUUGCCUCAACGCAUAAACCUCUGCGAACCGUACGCUAACAGGGAAAACGAAAGCAAUGUUCUUUGUUGAUGUGUCCCGUGUGGUGUGGCAAAAGUGUCAAUUUUGUGGAUCCGCCGUUGCCGUCUUGUUACACAGCCUGCUAAGGUUUCCCGUUCCGUAGGCGUGAUUUGAUUAGUGCUGAAUUGUGUAUGCGACCCCAUUGCAAUCAAGUAGGCAGUGAUUCACAGUAUUUUUUCGGGUGCAGAUAGGACAAGGGUUUUGGAGGCUGGAAAAUCGGAAAAUUGGGAAGCUUCCUCUGACAUGAAGUUGGUCGGUGAACCUCUGUUUGCGAUGCUCAACAUUACGCUAACGAGAGACAAAUUUGUGUAAUUUCACCUCCACCAGUGUGUUCUGGGCUUGUACGUGUAUGCGUGUAUGUGCUUGGGUAAAUGUUUGGAAGCCGCUCCUGUGGGAUGUUGGGAGUUUUCCCGUUUGAUGUUUGAUUGAUGAUGAUUUGGCUGAGAAUGAACUACAUCAAAAAGUGAAAAACGACGACCAAACUGUAAAUAAAAGAGAAUAACAAACAAAAAGACUUACUACUUUUCGAUUACGGUUCAAAAUGUGCAGUAGUUUUGCAAUGAUCCAGAACAUUUGCUCCCAGCAACCGGCAGUGCCCGGCGCUAGCGUCGGUGCCGGCGAGGACGACGAAGGAGAAGGCUUUUGUAAUAUCUGAGAUAGAUUGUUGACGGCGUGGACCCGGAAAAACCCAUCCAUCCCAUAAUCCGGACGAGAGGACGCUAGUACAGCUAGUCCUGCCAUUAUCUACAAUUUCCCGUUUCCGCUCCACGUUCGGAAUUGGGGAAAAUCGAAGCAAAAAAGCGUUCUCUCUUCCUCCCUCUGUGUCUGUGUACUUGUGCGGUAUGUGAAACUGUACACGUGUACCAAGCGCUCCCGAGAGAAACGCUUGCUGGUGGAAGUUCGAGCUGCUGGAGUGCAUUGAACGUGUGCAGUUAAAUAUUUACCAAACGCUUGUCCGGCAACUGCAAGAGAAGCGAAAGAGAGAUCAUCUGUUACACGCACACCACCAACGAAAAAGUAAGGUUCGUUUAACACGGAUGCGAAGAAAGGUUAUGGACCGAUGAUCAUGCAACGAUCGUGUAAUAUCGCUUCAAUCUCGGGAAUCGGGACGCUACCAACACAUCUUUAACGGGCAGUGAAAAAUUGCUUCUUCUACGAUUUCAUCUCGCGUGAUUAGUUUUCCUCUGAACAGCGUACCGGGUGGAUCGGUAAGUUUUCCACAAGAAAAGUGUUGUUCGGUUUUCCGCGUCUACCACAUCAUGGUUCGUUCGUUGAAUUGGUUGUUGCAGAACAAAUGAAUAUUAUUUUAUUCAUUUCGUGAAAGUGUGCAAAGGCAAUCCUGACAAAAGCCAGCCAACCGCCAUGCUGCAGCUGGAGUGCACUUAAAAGCACAUGGUCGGAAGCUUAAGGAUAACCUUCACGAAUUGUAUCACCUAAAGUAUUUCCGUGUUAAAGCGUGAUCCCGUUUUCUUGUGAUUGUGUUUUAGUGCGUCGGGUUUACGUGUGAUCCACAAAAUGUGCGUCUGCAACUAAGUGAUUGUAAAAAAUGAUUAUCAUUUCGUUUCACCAUCGUUUGUGAUAUUGGUUCCGUACGGUGGCUAGUGUAGGCGUUUAUGCUACCCAGAUCGAGUGGUUGAAUUUUUAUUGAUCGAGCUUCAACAAGUUAAUCGUGUUCCGUUCUUCACGAUCCCAUAUUCUAAAGUGCAUUAGUGUUCGUGUAAAGUUCCACAAGUCCCCCAGUGUACGGUGGACAAUCAAAAACAAAAUCUGUUCCAGCAUUGGACAAAAUGAUCAACGACAGCAUAACGACGCCAAUAGAGCAAUGACGGCGGAAAAUGUACUGCAAACAGUACCUCAUCAUCAUCAUUAGUACCAAUAUCAUACCGGGCGCGUAGAAACCGGUAGUUGCCAACACUUCUUAUGCCAAGAACAGCUCGCAUAACCAAUAAUUGGCAAGCAUAAAACGUAUAUUUAUUGCCUCAUCAUCAUCAUUCACACGUUUUGCAUUAGAUUGCAAAGAGCAAAGCAAGAUCCGAAUCCCCACCCAGUGCACUACCACCAACUUUCCCACAGCCGCCCAUCUCACCGCCGUGUGCAUUGGUCGACGGAAGUUCAUCGUAGUCGUGGCAAGUAGUAGUCAAUACAUAGUCGACAUACACCGCUUGCACCUGCACAAGACUGUCCACCCAAGUUGUCCCUUUAGAACUGAAUCGUCCAACCAAAACAAGCAAAACAAAACAAAAACCAACCCACGAUUGCCUUCAACACCAAAGAUAAGAGAAAGAAAGCUCUGGACGUGAUUGAUCCAUAUUGGAUCGGUGGUCCGUGCUGCGUUUUGGAUGAAUUAUUAAAACAAGCAGGACGAUAUAGAUAUACAACUCUUCCUAUCUGUGUGUGAGCCCAUAUUUAUGUCGGAUUAGCUUUUGAAGGCUAGAUAUUCGACCGAAUUCCGUUGGAGGGAAUUUGGUGCUACAUACCUACGUAAACCGUACUCAGGUCUGGCGAACUCAAUUGGCUUUGGGCAUAGUAACCAAGGUUGUAAGUGAAUAUAAAUCUUUCCCAUCACACGUUUUAAGCCCAUGUACGUGAACCGAUAGAGUUCCCGUAGACUGUCAUUUCAAGAAAAAGGUGCUGAGCGAAAGCGAGAGAGUCGUGACAUACACACACACGCGCGCGGUGGUUCGAGUUGGAAAUUUGGCAAACCGUACGCAAUAAGCGCAGACUACGGACACGUUUGCGGACAGAGGAAAAAAGAAGGUCCCGGAAAUGCCGAAAAAUCUGAGACCACCUACGUCGACCAGUGCGUACGGGCGCAUUGGGCUGGUGCCGGAAUCGGACGAUUCGCUCCACAGCCAGGAAGUGGAACCCCAGGUGACGGAGGCAUCGCUGGAGAUAUGGCGUACGCUUCCGGCUGCCAUCCGCCAGGACCCGAGCCUGGCAUCCUUUCGGCAGGAGCACGAGCGAUUACACGGCACCGAAGAUGAUCCGCUCCCGAACGAAGACGUCUCAGCGGACGAUGGCGAAGAUAACAACAGCAAGGAGUUCAUCACAAUCAAGGUCACCAACCCGGACACAUCCGUCGAGGAUGGCAAAACGUCGGCGGUGGUGGAGCAGUGUGAAAAGAAUGGCCAAAACGUGACGACCGAUGGCGAAGGUGACGAGGGUCACGAAACAACGAUGGGUGGCCACCAUGAGCAUGGUAAACUGUUCGGUUACGUGAAGGUUGGCACACUGCUCGUCGUAUGGCUGGUCUUCACUGGCUUCCUGAUGUCGAAGCACGAGAAGGAACUUAUCCCGCGACAACUAUCCGUGCCGGAAGGAUCCUAUCGGACAUACAUUUUGCCAGAACCAUCUCCGGGCUCUCGGAUUGGGAUUAAUCUAAAAGGUGCCUUUCUAAGUGACCAGCAUCACAACAACACGAGCACGUACUUGUCGGUUAAUCUGCAGCUGCUCUACCUACCUAGCAAUAACUCCAAUACGAGCUUUUUCCCUGAUCACGACGUCAAGUACACGGAGAACAUCACGAAUGUCUGGUUGGUCCCUAUACCGAGUUCACUCGAAGCAAUCGAUCAGAUGGAUGAGAUGACGCGUAAGCAUGUCUUUGACAUUGGACCCGUAAAUCAUCAGAAGGUAACGAGCGGAAAGGCGGUCGUACGGGUACGGUUGUCCUCCAAUCUGGAAGCCGAUUUCCCGACCAAAUUCACCUACGAUCCAACGCCGAUGGACACCGAGACGGGCGUUAUCUAUGCCGCGAUCGUACUGCUCGGACUGUAUGUGUUGAUCAUCUGGGAGAUAGUGCACCGCACGUUUGCGGCCAUCAUCGCUUCAACGCUUGCCAUCGGUGUACUGGCUGCCAUGAACGAGCGUCCCAGCAUGCCGAAGUUGAUCUCAUGGAUCGAUGUCGAAACGCUGCUGCUCUUGUUCGGCAUGAUGAUCCUGGUGGCUAUCCUGUCCGAGACCGGUAUCUUCGAUUACCUGGCCGUGUAUGCGUACCAGGUGACGAACGGUAAGGUGUGGCCACUGAUCAACUGCCUGUGCAUCUUUACCGCGAUACUGUCCUCGUUCCUGGACAACGUAACGACCGUGUUGCUUAUGACUCCGGUAACGAUACGAUUGUGUGAGGUGAUGGAAUUAAAUCCGGUGCCGGUGUUGAUGUCGAUGGUGAUCUACUCGAACGUCGGCGGUACACUAACACCCGUAGGUGAUCCACCAAACGUCAUCAUCGCGUCCAACAGCUAUAUUGCGAAAAAUGGAGUGAAUUUCGCCAUCUUCACACUGCAUAUGGCCAUACCGAUCUUCUUCGUCAUGAUCACGACCUACUUCCAGCUGCGCAUGAAGUUCAAAAACAUCAACGAUCUGCGCUUCAGCGAACCGCAGGAUGUGCAGGAGAUCCGUCACGAAAUAGCCGUGUGGCAGCGUGCGGCCGCUUCUCUAUCGUCCUACUCCAAGGAUGAAGAUUUGGUGCGCGAAACGCUCCUCAAGAAGGUUAAUCGGUUGUCCCGUUCGCUCAAGAAGAAACUCGUCACCGGCACGGUACCGGUGGAGAGCUACAAGGCAACGCUGGAAGAAAUGAAACGCAAGUACCCGAUUCGAAGCAAGACACUGCUGGUAAAGUCUGCCAUUACUCUCACGUUCGUGAUCACAUUCUUCUUUCUGCAUUCGGCACCGGAUAUACAGAAGCUGUCCCUUGGUUGGACUGCCCUUCUCGGUGCCCUACUGCUUCUGAUUCUGGCUGAUCGGGAAGACAUUGAAUCGGUGAUAGCGCGUGUGGAAUGGUCGACACUGCUGUUCUUCGCCGCCCUGUUUAUCCUGAUGGAAGCGUUAGCCGAGCUGGGACUGAUCGAUUGGAUCGGCAAACAGACGGAAAACGUGAUCAUGUCCGUAUCCGAAGAAUCUCGGCUGGCUGUAGCCAUCCUUAUCAUCUUAUGGGUAUCUGCAUUCGCAUCUGCUUUCGUUGACAAUAUUCCUCUUACCACGAUGAUGGUAAAGAUAGCCAUUGGUCUUGCUGAAAAUGAAGCGCUAGAUCUGCCCCUACAACCACUCGUAUGGGCGCUGGCGUUAGGAGCUUGCUUAGGAGGUAAUGGUACUCUUAUCGGAGCCUCCGCCAACGUUGUAUGUGCCGGUGUUGCUGAGCAGCACGGAUAUAGGUUUACCUUUAUAGAAUAUUUCAAGGUCGGUUUUCCAGUGAUGGUCGGUAGCGUGAUCGUCUCUACUAUCUACCUAAUGUUUGCACACGUCGUCUUCACCUGGCACUAGAGCUUCGCUAGACGGAAUAUUAUUUCCCUGUCUUCUCGUUUUGUCUCGUAUUGUUUAUCUAUGUGCCCUCAUGUGUGCGCGUGUCAAUGUAUACCUUUACGCGUAAACACAACCUACCAUUAAUGCGAAUAGGGAUGUAUUGACAAACAAAGAAAAAAAAGUGUUGCCAUUGAAAGGAGCUGUACUACAAGCAAAUCCAUCGGCACCUACCUAGGUCCUAAAAUAACCUCCCUUCAACAAACCUGAAACAACGACACCAGACGCGAAUCAUCGCCAACGUGCGAGUGUGAUCGUUGACAGAACGAUCAACUUGUUUCUUACUCCGAUGGCGAAAUAGGCGAUCGCGUUAACAAAUCAUCUUUAUAUUGUGAUAACCUUUAACGAGCAGAUCGAGUAACUUACUCAAUCAUACACAGUUUGUUUAAAUUCAACGCCAUGCCAUUUUGCCGAAUUCCGUGUACCACAGACACAGCCACAAAACUAGGAAGAUGAUGCGGAAAGGUGGAAAAAAUGCACAACUAGUGAAGGGAAAGAGUAGCCUAUUAUAAUUGCCUGUAGAAAGAUAAAUCCAUUUUUCCGAUUAAGGAAUCGAUAAGUCAAUUCGAGUGUAACGAGUAGUGUACGUGUACUAGUGAAUAGAGAGGGAAGGGAACUGAACCAUUGUGCUUGACCACUUCGGUGUGGUAAGAUUUUGGCCCGAUCAAGAUAUAUUAUACCGCGAAGGCGAAGGUUCAAUUGUCCCUGGCAAGGAUACUUUCGAUGUAAAGUAUUUUAUGUGUAAUCACACUACAGGUAUUUCUCAACGUGUUACAUGAUGUUACUGCUGUUAUUCUAUUUAAACAAUACUGUAAUGUACACUCCUGCACGAUCGUUCGACAAAAAGCGCCGUCGAUAAGGUGGCCGUAUCAUCAUACCUGCAGGAUUUUCCUUUCCUGAUUCCACGUUGUCUUUAAACGGUGCCCUUCCUUCCGAAAGACACACGUUAGAGCUGGUACAUACUGUGUACACACUGAAACAUUUUUAAACUCAUUUAGAUUUGUUCGUUUUGUUCUUCCUCUUGUCCUACUAUUCCAUAUUUGUUCGUUCUUUCGUUCUAUGAUUGUUACCAGUUGCUCUAAUGUAAUAAAUUAUCAUUUUUCAAACUGCGCGCACAUUUGCUUACCACAAAUCGUGCCACAGACUGAACUAAAUGGAGUGAAUAAGUUAUUUAAAAACAAAAAGAAACAUCUACUUUCUUUCCUUUCCCUUUCAACACACAAACACUCGUACCAUUUCGCUAGUAAAAGAACCUAUAAAUAAACACGCCCGAUUGAAAAGGAAAAUUAACUAAAGAAAAACAUUCCAAACAACAUAAUGCCCAGUGAAUAGUGGUGGGUGAAAAUAUAUUUACUGCAAGCUGUAAAUGAGUGCAAAGAGUAAAUGCAGUUUCUCGGCAAAGUAAGCAAGAGCUACUACGGCAAAGGAAAAUAUGCAACUUUAUAUGUAAGGCGGUAGUAAGUUUGUAGAAAUAAAACUUUUCUCCUUCUUUCAGCGGAAAGGAAGCAAAAGAAAAUACACGAGUGAGCUUUGAUGAAUGGAAUGGAAACAAUCCACGUGUAGAGUGUGCAAAAUAUAUGUGAAAAAAGAAAAGAUGUGAAAAGAAACAUAGAAUCGUAGACGACGAACCCUGCAUUUUGUAGCGAAAUUGUAGAUAGAUGGCAAAUUUGAAGCCCAAUCACCUGUAAGGAAUGUAAGCGUGUGGAUAAUGAAUGGAAACAUGUGUACAGAAUAGCUAAAACAAGAUGGCGGUUUAAUAUGGAAAAGAAAGAAAACAGGAAAAAGAUGUUGAAAGAUGUAUGUAAUUUUGCAACCAUGCAUAAAGCGGGAAGGUUUCUAAGGAAGAUUGUAAAAAAUGUGAAAAAAAACAUAACAAAUGUAACAUAAUGAAAAGUUUCCCACUCUUAUGUUUAAAAUUUAUAACUCUCUCAACAUUUUAUGUUUGCUAAUCAACUUGGUGAAACUAAUCGAGGUGGUAUUCUGCAAAAGUAAUAAAAAAGGGGAAAGUAAUAAAGAAGGGAAAUUUAAAAAAAGAUACACCAAUUCCCCGCAGAAACCUGCAGCAUGAAACGAAUCACAAAAACCAUUCUAAAUCAACAGUGAACCAUGAGUGAAAGUACUCUGAAACCCUGGAAAAUAUAAUGAAAGAUCGACGAGUAGCACAUUUUCGUUAAGUUUACACUACAAAAUGGAAGUAAGAUCCUGUAGAAACGGUUCGUCGGUACCGAGGGAAGAAUGGCUUGCAGAAAUAGUGACAUCGUUCGGUAGUACUGUUUUCGAAUUUGUUAUUAUAUUGUAGUCUUCGUAGAGCGUCACACGAAGCAACCGGACACAGCGUGCAGCCUCGUUGAUGGUUUGACGGAUGAACCGUAGAGUCGAAGCAUGAAGCUAAUGAACGCACUGUGUGCAGAAAGUAAGACGGGGCCGUUAAAGGGAGCCGACAGGCAGGGUAAAGGAGAAAGAAACCAAACCCAAUAUGUAAUAGACAAAUAAUAAAACUAUUAAAAACUA